CAAUUUAUGUGACGCAAUUUCCGGUCCGUGCUGGUCCGUAGUGUAAAAAUUUUAAUUGGCUAUGUCAAAUACUAGCAUACUUGUGCUAUGCGGCUACACCGAGUCUUGUUUAAUACAUUCCGACAGUCCUACGACUUUGGUGGAAGGGACCUCAAAAGCUGGUUUCCAGGCCACAUGGCGAAAGGUCUAAGGAAGAUGAAAGCUAAUCUAAAGAAUGUGGACUGCAUAAUUGAAGUUCAUGACGCUAGAAUACCCCUGUCUGGACGCAAUCCUGUUUUCCACGACACCCUUGGAAUUAAACCACAUUUGUUGGUGCUGAACAAAAUGGAUUUGGCCGAUCUUACAGGCAAACAGCAUAUCCUUGGUUCCCUACAUCGUCAAGGUGUAAAAAAUGUAAUUUUCACUGACUGCUUAAAAGAAAAAGAUGAAAACGUAAAGAAGAUUGUCCCACUUGCUACGGAGCUAAUUCAGAGUAGUCCAAGAUAUCAGCGAGCUGAGAAUCUUGAAUACUGCAUUAUGGUAAUAGGAGUUCCAAAUGUUGGCAAGUCAUCUCUUAUUAAUGCCAUGCGGAGAUUGCACCUGAAGAAAGGGAAGGCAUCUAAAGUUGGUGGAGAACCAGGAAUCACAAGAGCAGUUCUUUCUAGAAUUCAGGUCUGUGACCGGCCCCCUGUGUAUUUGCUGGACACUCCUGGAGUUAUGUCUCCAAAAAUAGGAAGCUUAGAGAAUGGCAUGAAACUAGCUGUCUGUGGAACCAUACUCGAUCAUUUAGUUGGGGAAGAUAUUAUAGCUGACUAUCUUCUUUAUACCCUAAACAAACAUCAGCAGUUUGGCUAUGUGGAUCAUUAUGAGCUGGGAGAAGCAAGUGAUGACAUACAAACUGUCCUAAAGAAAAUAGCAGUAAAACUGGGCAAAACUCAGAAAAGGACAGCGAUAACAGGAGUUGGUAACAUCAGCAUUACCGUGCCAAACUACAGUGCAGCAGCGUAUGACUUUAUUCGAGCCUUUCGAAAAGGGACCUUGGGAAAGGUGAUGCUUGAUUAGGACACUGGAUGACGUACUUACUAAACUGCUUUGCAGAUGAGGCAUUUAUGCUCUGGAUAUGUGGCCAUAUAUGGGCUGAUGCUGUCAGCAAAGCAAGAUGGAUAAGAUCUGAUGCAAAGAAAAUAGAAAAUACAUUUUAUUUCCAGAAUUGUUGGAAAAAGCUACCGAAUCAUGCAUCAACUUUUAUAUGACAGACCUGACUGAAAAAUUCAGUUAUCUAAGUAGUUAAAUGGUGAGUUUGUCCACUUGAGGCCACUACUGCUGCAUGCAUCUGUGAGCACAAUUUUGGGAGCCUUUUAAACUUACUACAGCUUUAGUUAAAAUGACAAGGUGUCAAUGUAAAUAGUGGCUAAAACUUGAGAGAGUUAUUGAAGUUGGAGUCUGUAGUCAAAAAAGAAGAAAGUUAUGAAUAUUCCUUAUAUUCCUGAGUUUUACAACUCAGACAUUCAGUCUCCCAAUCGUGGAACGUUUCUUCUGAAAAUGAGGGUCGUUUAACAUCUUUAAACUGGACACUGAUGACAGAAUUGAGUUAAUUUAUAGCUACAGAAUGUGUUGCUAAUGGGAAACAUUAUCUACUGUCAUUUAUUAAGGAUUUUUCUUGAAUAUUUUACAUUGAUUGUGUAACAAACCAUUGAAACUAGAACACAGAGUAUGUUUAUGAGGAACUCCUACCAAAAUAUGGAACAUCUGAGAGGCCUUCUUUGGCUGUACUUUGUGACCUUUAAUCUCUGUGACUUGUGGCUUUAAAAUCACUGCCUUAAAUAGAAUAGAGAGACUAUUUUUCAGUGGCACACAAAAUAAACUUUCAGCACUAUGUGUUGAUCUUGCAGUUAAUUUUCACCUCACGUUUCCUCAUUUUUCCUUGUGGUUAGUUACCCAGUAGCUCUCAGCAAACUGUCAUUUUCCCUUCAAGACUAUUAGAAAAAAAAUAUUCUCAAAAGUUUCUGUGUUCGGGGUUUUAGAUGCCUUGUUAAAUUUUAACUUUUUUUAUAUUUUUUUUACAUCAGCUUUUCUGUAUCUCUCAUUUCUUAGAAAUGCAAGAAAAUUAAGUUUUGGUUCUACUUCCUUUUUCCUCUCUUGUGAACAGGGGUGUACAUUAAAAAAAAAAAAAAAAUUGGA